AUGCAGCGAAUGCGAUUAAGGUCAAGCACGAUGACGCAAUCCACGGGCGAGAAGCUGAGGAACGAGGCGGACCGGCAGAUGGACGUGCUGACGGUCGCCGACACGAGCACACUCAUGCCCACCCCCAUUCGUCUGCGAUUUCUCUCCCCACCUCUCGCCGUGCCUCCAGAGUCGUCAGACGAGAAGCUGAAGCACGAGGCGGAGCGGCAGAUGGACGUGCUGACGGUGGCGGACACCAACACGGGCAAGCGCCGCUUCGUCAUGGACCGCCUGCGCGCCACCUUCACGCGCAACACGUGGGGCUCCGACCGCCAGCGCAAGGCCGCGGGGCUGCGGGAGGCCUCCGCCGCGGACGGCGCAGGCGGGGGGGGAGUGGGAGACGGGGGAGGGGUUGGCGGAGGGGGUGGCGGAGCGGGCGCGGGUGCGCGGCGCGCGGAGGAGGUGAAGCAGCCGGAGGAGGUGUCGGGGGAGAAGGUGGAGAGCCGGCAGAAGCCUCUGCCGGUUAACUUGCCGGCCGUCAAGAAGAAGAAGCGGCGGUCGGGGCCGUUUAGCCGGCGGUCGGUGCUGGAAAAGUCGUCCGUCGAGGCGCUAGAAGCGGGGCAGAUGGCGCUUCGGGACAUGCGCGCGGAGAUGGAGAGAUUAGAGACGUUAGAGCGCGAGGGGAAGAAGGACCCGCGCGCGGACGGCGCGGCCGCGGUCAAGACGUGUCAGAGAGCUAUAGUGCUGACGGAGGGAAAUGAGGAACUCAAAAGCGGGGAUAUUAAUCUGCCGUGCGGGAUGCGCGUGGGCUCCGCGAUUACGGUGGUGGGCAUGGUGCCGUCCGCGCCUGCGGAAGCGGGGCGUGGGGGCGCGGCUCCCGGGCAUGGGGGGGCGGAAGCUGCGGGGAGGGAGGCGGGCGCGGGGGAGGUGGCAACAGGGGGGAAGGGGAGCGGCAGUGAAGGGUCUGCUCUGUCGUUUAUGCUGGAAAUACUGGGCCUGGUGGUGGUGAAGGGCGAGGAGGCAACGCGCAUAUACCACCUGCAUGCACACCUAACGGGCGACAGCAGAAGCAGCAGUGGAAUCAGUAGUGUUGUUGCCGGCAGUGGAGCCAGCAGCAGCAGCAGUGGGGGCAGUGCGGGGGUGCGCGUGAUAGAGCAGAACACGUGCUACCGCGGGCAGUGGGGCGAGUCUGUGCGGUGCGAGGGGUUUGCCUCCACGUACCACGAGGAGAGAGUGGACGGGCAGAGGCGGUGUGAGAAGUGGUCGCGGGACAGGGCGCGCACAGAGGAGGACCAGGAGCGCAUGGACGGCGCUGAAGGCGCGGAUGGCACCCACCUGGACACGGAGAAGCUGUCGGGGUGGCAGCGACAGGUGAUGAAGCAGGCGGACAAGGAGGUAACAGAGGAGUGGCCCUUCCCCUUCCACGAGGACCGCCUCUUUGUGCUCGUCGUGAGGGCUGGCUGGGAGGGCUUCCAUGUGUCCGUCGACGGCAACCAUGUUGCCUCCUUCCAGUACCGCUCGGGCAACCCAUUAGAAGAGGCCACAGCAGUGGCAAUCAGCGGCUCCAUCCAUCUCAAGUCAUUCGUGGCCACGUCACUCCCACUCUCCCCGCCCCUGCGCACGGCGGACCUGGAGGCGAGCGAGUCGCUCAAGGCGCCCGUGGUGAGGGGGGACGCGAACGUGAGCAUGUUCAUCGGCAUCCUGUCCGCCACCAACCACUUUGCCGAGCGCACCGCUGUCAGGAAGACGUGGCUGCAGCACCCUCAGAUCCGCAGUGGGGAGGUGGUUGCUCGCUUCUUCCUCGCCCUGCAUCCGAGCAUUCAAGUGAACGUGGAGGUGCACAAGGAGGCGGCGCUGUACGGAGACAUGGUGGUGCUGCCGUUCAUCGACCGCUACGACCUCGUCGUUCUCAAGACCAUCGCCAUCUGCGAGUUCGGGCUGCGCAACGUCACCACCAACUACAUAAUGAAGGUGGACGACGACAACUUUGUGCGCCUCGACGCCGUGUUUGACGAGAUCCGAUUCGCCAACCAUGCGAGCGGGCUGUACAUGGGCAACAUUAAUGAGUUCCACAAGCCGCUGAGAGAGGGCAAGUGGGCGGUCUCGGAAGAGGAGUGGCCAGAGACCAACUACCCGCCGUACGCCAACGGGCCGGGGUACAUCAUCACUCGGGACAUUGCUGACUUCAUCGUGCGCAUGAAGGAGUACAAGAUGCUCCGGAUAUUCAAGAUGGAGGACGUGAGCAUGGGCAUGUGGGUGGUGCAGUACGGCAUCAACAACACCAUCCACUACAUCCACAACUGGCGCUUCUGCCAGUUCGGCUGCAUGGACGACUACCUCACCGCGCACUACCAGUCGCCGCGCCAGAUGCUCUGCAUGUGGACCAAGCUGUCCAGAGGGGAGGCGAGGUGCUGCACCUAG